CCCGCACUGCUGGGGAGAGCUGGUGAGCUGGAGUCUGGUCUAGUUGGCUCGAGCUGUUGCCAUGACAAGCAUUUUCUUAAGAAAGCUCUGCUGUUGAGACCAUCCAAAGCUGGGGGUUGGAGAAGGCACGAACUUCCUGGGGUUACCAUCCUUCUGAAGAAAGCAAGACCACAGACACCCGCCCAGCUCCUUUGCAUUAUUAUCUUCCAGGAACCUGAGAGGUCCUUCCAACUGGGAGGGCCAGGGGGAGGAGACCCUACCCACUCCCUGGCGGUGGCAGAAAAGGCAGGAGAUUAAAGCCAGAUUCUUUAGCGUGACUGCCACACUGGGGAGACCAGUGGUGGUCACCCCCGCCCCACCCUGUCCAUGGAAACCCGGAGGGAGCGUCCUGCUUGGAGAAGCCUGGAUCUUUGCUAGAAAAAGAGAGAUCCAGUUGUCAUUGGUAUCCAGGGAGCCCUCCUUCUCCUGCUGCCUCUCUACCACUGCAGUUGCUGGUUGUUGCUAAGGUUGCCUCCAUGGUAACAUGCACAUCCUGUUUACAUCUCCAUCUGAGCAAGUUGGUCUAAACUAGGAACCUACCUACCCUGGACAACCACUUCCAUCACCACCUGGGGACACCAAUCAUCGUGACACGUGGUCCGGCUUCCACUCAGUUCCCCCAUCUUCCUCUUCUCACUGUCAAGCUUCAUACAGGAAAAAGGAUCUGGGCUAGAGGCUGUGAAGCUUGUUGUACAGAUACAGUCAAUCAGUUUCCUAACUGGGCUCCCAGAGAAGCCAGAGGUGAGUCAGAGAGGCAAGAGACCCUGAUCAGUUGAAGGGAAACUCCACAUUUUCUCUGGUUGAGGGGAUUGGUUACAGCAGUCAAAAUGACGAACCCAAGAGAACAUGCCUUUCCGGCCAACUCGAUGGUUGAGAGCCAUGAAGGGGACUUUGGCUGCACAGUCAUGGAGCUGAGGAAGCUCAUGGAGCUGCGUUCGACUGAUGCAAUGAACCAGAUCAAUGCCCACUAUGGAGGUGUAAUGAGUCUCUGCAGUAGACUGAAAACCAACCCUGUGGAAGGUUUAUCUGGGAACCCGGCAGAUCUGGAGAAACGUAAGCAAGUAUUUGGACAGAACUUAAUCCCACCCAAAAAGGCCAAGACCUUUUUAGAAUUAGUGUGGGAAGCCCUUCAAGAUGUUACCCUCAUCAUCCUGGAGAUCGCAGCCAUCAUCUCCUUGGUCCUGUCCUUCUAUCGCCCCCCUGGUGAAGAAAAUGAACAGUGUGGUCUACCUGUAAGUAGCCCAGAAGAUGAAGGGGAGUCAGAAGCCGGAUGGAUUGAGGGGGCAGCCAUUCUAUUCUCGGUGAUCAUCGUGGUGCUAGUGACGGCCUUCAAUGAUUGGAGCAAAGAGAAGCAGUUCCGGGGGCUGCAGAACCGCAUUGAAAAGGAACAGAAAUUCUCCGUCAUCCGAAAUGGUCACAUCAUCCAGCUCCCUGUGGCUGAGAUCGUGGUGGGUGAUAUCGCCCAAAUCAAAUAUGGUGACCUGCUGCCCGCAGAUGGGGUCCUGAUCCAGGGAAAUGAUCUCAAGAUUGACGAGAGCUCUUUGACUGGGGAAUCGGAUCACGUCAAGAAGUCUGUGGAAAGAGACCCCAUGUUGCUUUCAGGGACCCAUGUCAUGGAAGGUUCUGGCCGGAUGGUAGUGACCGCUGUGGGUGUCAACUCCCAGACUGGAAUCAUCUUUACCCUCUUGGGGGCCAGUGAAGGAGAAGAGGAGGGGAAGAAGAAGAAAGGUAAAAAACAAGGAGUCCCUGAAAAUCGCAACAAAGCAAAGACUCAGGAUGGAGUGGCCCUGGAAAUCCAGCCACUCAACAGCCAGGAGGGGAUCGAUAAUGAGGAAAAGGAGAAAAAGGUGUCCAGGCUGCCUAAGAAGGAGAAGUCAGUGCUGCAGGGCAAGCUGACACGCUUGGCUGUUCAGAUCGGGAAAGCUGGUCUGAUCAUGUCUGCUAUCACCGUUCUCAUCCUGAUUCUGUACUUCGUGAUUGACAACUUCGUGAUACAGCGCAAACCGUGGCUAGCCGAGUGCACCCCCAUCUAUAUCCAGUACUUUGUCAAGUUCUUCAUCAUCGGCAUCACUGUACUGGUGGUAGCUGUGCCCGAAGGGCUGCCACUGGCUGUCACCAUUUCACUGGCCUACUCUGUGAAGAAAAUGAUGAAAGACAAUAACCUAGUACGGCACCUAGAUGCUUGUGAGACAAUGGGCAAUGCCACAGCCAUUUGCUCUGACAAGACAGGCACGUUGACCAUGAAUCGCAUGACUGUGGUACAGGCUUAUAUCGGAGACACCCGUUACCAUCAGCUCCCAAGCCCUGAUGCCCUUGUGCCCAAGCUCCUGGACCUUAUUGUCAACGGCAUUUCUAUCAACAGUGCCUAUACCUCCAAGAUCCUGCCUCCGGAAAAGGAGGGAGGCCUGCCGCGGCAGGUGGGCAACAAGACGGAGUGUGCACUGCUGGGCUUCGUCACGGACCUGAAGCAGGACUACCACGCGGUGCGCAGUGAGGUGCCCGAGGAGAAGCUCUACAAGGUCUACACCUUCAAUUCAGUGCGCAAGUCCAUGAGUACCGUCAUCGAGAAGCCCGGCGGCGGCUUCCGCAUGUACAGCAAGGGUGCCUCCGAGAUCAUCUUGCGCAAGUGUAAUCGAAUCCUGGACAAGAAAGGAGAAGCAGUGCCAUUCAAGAAUAAGGACCGAGAUGAGAUGGUGCGCACUGUCAUUGAGCCCAUGGCCUCUGAGGGACUCCGGACAAUCUGCUUAGCUUACCGAGAUUUCAAUGAUGUGGAGCCCCCGUGGGACAAUGAGAGCGAAAUCCUCACCGAACUGACCUGUAUCGCAGUGGUGGGCAUUGAGGACCCCGUGCGCCCAGAGGUACCAGAAGCUAUUGCCAAAUGCAAACGAGCUGGUAUAACUGUCAGAAUGGUGACAGGAGACAACAUCAACACAGCCCGGGCCAUCGCCACCAAAUGUGGCAUUGUGACACCUGGGGAUGAUUUCUUGUGCUUGGAAGGCAAAGAAUUCAACCGACUCAUCCGCAAUGAGAAGGGCGAGGUAGAGCAAGAAAAGCUGGACAAGAUCUGGCCUAAGCUUCGAGUCCUGGCGCGAUCUUCCCCCACGGACAAGCAUACACUGGUGAAAGGCAUCAUUGACAGCACUGUCGGAGAACAGCGACAAGUUGUUGCUGUCACUGGUGAUGGCACAAAUGAUGGGCCAGCUCUGAAGAAAGCAGAUGUUGGUUUUGCCAUGGGCAUUGCAGGCACAGAUGUAGCAAAGGAAGCAUCAGACAUCAUCCUAACAGACGACAACUUCACCAGCAUCGUGAAGGCAGUGAUGUGGGGACGAAAUGUCUACGACAGCAUCUCCAAGUUCCUGCAGUUUCAGCUCACCGUCAAUGUGGUGGCCGUGAUCGUGGCCUUUACUGGAGCUUGCAUCACUCAGGAUUCCCCAUUGAAAGCCGUGCAGAUGCUGUGGGUUAAUCUCAUCAUGGACACGUUUGCCUCACUGGCCCUGGCCACAGAGCCUCCUACAGAUUGUCUGUUGAAGCGUCGCCCUUACGGCCGAAAUAAGCCUCUGAUCUCACGGACUAUGAUGAAGAACAUCUUGGGUCACGCAGUUUAUCAGCUCACAGUCAUCUUUUUCCUUGUCUUUGCUGGUGAGAAAUUCUUUGACAUUGACAGUGGGAGGAAAGCACCUCUACAUUCCCCACCCAGCCAGCACUACACCAUCAUUUUCAACACAUUCGUGCUGAUGCAGCUCUUCAAUGAAAUCAACUCGCGCAAGAUCCACGGAGAGAGGAACGUCUUUGCAGGCAUCUUCCGCAACCUCAUCUUCUGUGCUGUGGUCUUGGGCACGUUCAUCAGCCAGAUUGUCAUCGUGGAAUUUGGGGGCAAACCCUUCAGUUGUACGAGGCUCACUAUGUCCCAGUGGUUUUGGUGUCUUUUCAUUGGUUUUGGAGAACUGCUGUGGGGCCAGGUAAUUUCCUCAAUACCUACCCAAUCCCUGAAGUUCCUAAAGGAGGCUGGGCAUGGCAUCACCAAAGAGGAGAUCACCAAGGAUGCAGAGGGGCUGGAUGAGAUUGACCAUGCAGAGAUGGAGCUGCGCCGAGGCCAGAUCCUCUGGUUCCGGGGCCUGAACCGUAUCCAGACUCAGAUCGACGUAAUUAAUACAUUCCAGACGGGAGCCUCUUUUAAGGGAGUCCUAAAGCGACAGACCAUGGGUCAACACCUUGAUGUAAAACAUGUUCCUAGUCCAUCCUAUGUAACAGUUGCACCAGUCAAAUCUUCCCCCACCACUUCUGUUGCUGCUGCUGUUUCAUCUCCUACUCUGGGCAAUCAAAGUGGUCAAAGCAUUCCAUAGUUCCCUCCACGAAAGCAUCCAGAAACCCAAGAACCAAAACUUCAUCCACAACUUCAUGACCCACCCUGAAUUCGCCAUAGACGAGGAGCUGCCACGAACACCACUCCUGGAUGAACAAGAAGAGGAAAAUCUUGAAAAGUUUUCUAAGUGUGGGACUAGGGUGCUCCUGUUGGACGGUGAGGUCACUCCGUAUGCCAACAAAAACAACAAUGCAGUGGAUUCCAGCCAGGUGCAAAUCGUUGCCUCCCACCUGGACAGCCCUGUACACAGCCUGGAGACAUCAGUUUGAACUUCAUUCUCUGACUCCCAUUCCUGCUUUCCCUAUUUCCUGUUCAUCUCUCAUCUACAAGAUGAUGAUGAGGUUUUUUUACUCUCAUGUCAGCUGCUCCCAAGUAUGUGUGAGCCCCACCUAACCAAGAGGAAGCAAGAGAAUAGACCUAUAAGGAUCUUGACUUAAACUUGAGUUGGGGUUUGUAGCAAGACCCAGUCAAACCCCAGGCAGGUAGUGAAUGGUAGAAUCUACUCCUUGCAUGUAUCAGUUGUCAUUUUUAAAGAAAUGAUAUGAUCCUCUUGGCAUCCACCCCAACCCAAAUUCUCCCCCAGUUUUCAUACAUAUGUUGCCAUCUCUUGACUUUUUUUUUUUUUUAACCCUAUGAGUCUAUGCCUUUUAUAAUCCCAGUUGAGGGUUCAGAGAGACAAAUAUUCUCAAAUGAAAUGUGUGGUGGUAGGAAUGGAAUGUAUAGAAUUAGCCUAUAAAGUAAUUGUUUUUAAAACAGUUUUCCCAUUUUGAAAACAUGACCCUCUUGCUCCUUCUACCCUUCCAGUCAAACCUCCCUAAGGUCUUUUGACCAUUGUCUUCAUUACCUUCACUUUUUUUUUUUUAAGUUGUGAUGAUAAAGUGGAAAGGACCUGGAUGACUUGAGUCAACUUUGACUAUUCUCCCUCCUGGCCCCAGUGGAACCUUUGACUUAGUUCUAGAGGCAGAUAGGCUUUCUUUGCUAACAGGGUCCUUUCGAAGCAACUGAGAAGUGGUAAGAGUGUGUUCCUGCUGUUGUCAGGUUAUCUACUUCUAAACUGCCAUCUUGUCACAUUUGUGUGGUUUCUAAGUGCCAGGGAGAUCAACGUUGACCGUGAAGCUUGUAUAUGUGUGGUAUGUAGUUUUUACCAUAAGCCUGAGCUUUCUCCAAUUCCUAAAGUGGUGGCAGAAGAAUGAAUUAAGAAUGACCCUGCCUCCUAAAUGGACUUGGAUAUUGAGGACCAGAAGCUGGCAGGUCAAGGACAAGACAGACUGUCAAAGCCAACUCUUGUGAAGUCCUCCUUGGGGUGACCACUACUGUUUUCAAAGCCAUCUGCCAAGGCUCUCCCAGGGCAAGACCUGAGUGUAGGAGGAGUGAGUGUUGAGAAGCCUUGGGAGAGGCCAAAGGAUCGUUCUAGCAGGAUCUGAAAAACCAGAAACCUUGAGCUUAGGUGGCUGGGUAUUAGCUUGGACAUUCCCUUCAGUUGUGUCAUUCUACCUUUCCCUGUGUCCCCUGACUUGUCCAGUCUCUGAAAAGGUCCCAACCUUUCUCAGAUAUUCUGAUUUUGGAACUAUGUGUCCAAAGUGGGAGGCUCCAGUGACAUUUUGCUGACUUAAAGUAAGAAAAGACCCACCCUGGAAAGUUCUUCCUCUCUUCCUCCCUCUCACAGGCCCCCCUUAAGCCCUUCAGAACGGGUUCCCCUGCUGCACAGUAAAGCCCUGUGCCUUCUUUUCCUGAACACUGCCCUAAGCAUCCCAUUUUACCUGCCUCUCAGGAGCUGGGAACUUCACUAGGAGAUUUUUUUUUAAGUGUUCCUUAAUGGGACAAGGUGGAGCCACAUUUUCAGCAGCUCCAUUUUUAUCCCUGCUGAUGUUGACUUAAACUCUUCUGUGCAGGGGUUCUCUCUUGCCUCCUGCCCAUUCCCUUCUCCCAUUGGAUAAAUGAAGCCUGCCACCCUCUCUGCAGAGCAAUAGGAGUAGGGAAAAGGGGUUUGAGGCCCUUACGAACUGCCAAAUGUCCAUUUGUGAGAGUGAGGGGACCCAGAUCUAUCCUCUCCAGCCUUUUCUUCUAGAUGCCUCCUCCCUCACCAUUCACCUGAGCUGUCCACAGUAGGAAGAGUAAAGAAACAAGACCCACUAACACAUCCUCAUUACUACAGAAUCUACCAAAUUUGAUUUUGGUUUUGUAAAGGUUAUAUGCAUCAGCGAUCUUUUCUCUGUCUUAAACACUCAUGGAGGAGAAAAACCAGCUCACACAAGGUGUUAGGUGUUCACAUGUAUAUUUAUUAAGUACAUUGGAAGAUUUAGCUCUGUCAAGUCUUUUAUUACCUCAGAUCAGUUUAAAAAAAACAAGCCAACAACAAACUUUGGAGGCUAUUUUACCAUUCCUGCUCCCAAAAGACUCUCAUGGUGCCUAACAGGUUACUCCUGAGAGCUUGUGUCUACUUGUUUUAAAGUCAACGGUUUUUUAUGUAUUCUAGUUUCCAUAGUAGAAGAGAAAAUAUAGACUAUUAUGCAAAAAAAUAUAGUUUUCUUUAGAUCACAAAGUCAUCUAAAUGACAUAUGAGUCAGCCAUAUGUAUUUUGUUUAAAAGGUUUAAAAUAAAGUGCUGUCAUGUAAUCCUGUAGAGGGAGCACUAACCAGCUAUUUGACAUGACAGGUGACUUCGUAUUUGUAAUUGGUUUUAAAACCAAUGCACCGUAAUUCCUUUCUCCAAACAGCCAUCUUUAUACUUAGAGGGAAAAAAUUUGUUGGGUUCUAGACUUUUUUAAUAUAAAUUUUGUUGAUAUGGAAUUGAGUAAGUUUAAGUGUUUAUGUGCAUAUGUUUUUUAUAUAGGUUUGUUUUUUUUUUCUAUUCAGUUUCAGUGAUCCAACUGGCAGUGAGUAAAUAUGGCAUAAGUUAAUAAAGCUUUCCCCCAAAAUGGUGCUUUGGAUUUGAAAAGGUCUGAUGGGGAGAAGGGGAAAAUAUUACUCUAGAUUCUUAUCUUGAUGAAUCUAGAAUGAGAAAGAAAGCAGCCAUCAAGAAGGGACGGCAGCAGAAAAUGAGUGUGCGUCCCCAUGGAGAUGUGUGCCAGGUUCUCUAGUAACUAGUCAUUAAGGUCAGGGGUCUUGGUUGGAUUUUAUUUUUUGAUGAAUAGCUGGCAGAGUGAUAUCCGAGACAUGAUCAUCUCUUGGACUGCAAGGAUACUCUGAUUUGGGAUGUGCAUUUUUUAUGGUUCUUUUACCUCCUGUCGCCCCUGGAGUUUUCCAUUAGUGAGUUUUUGUGCAAAGAUCUAAUUUGGGACUUCUUCCCCUCCUCUAGAAAGGUCUCAUGCAAUAUAUAAGAUGGGGGAUAGAGCUCUAAGUGGAAAGACAAAGGCUGGUUUCUAGCCCUGGCUGACAGUCUUGGGGCUAGGUCCUUCCCAUAGGUACCCUCUGCCCUCUGAAAUGACUCACAUCCCUACAGGUGUUAGAGACCACCUAUAAAUCCUUCUGGCACUUGUGGGUUCUUUAGGGCUUGGGUUUCUUCUCCCCCUUGAGCUUCAGAGGGGAACAAAUCUGAGUGAUUACCUCACUGCCAGAAACCCAGAGGGGCGUGGCAAGCUCACAUGUGCCCCGAAACCCCCAAAUGCAGAGCUUCCUUUCUUUUCUGCUUUCCUUGCCUAAUGAUUGAAGCAGCCUAUCAUACCAUCACAAAGUACACGCUUCCUCGCUUUUCAUAACAAGGGACCACCCCACUGCAAUGGUGGGGGUGAGGCAUUUAUAAAUGCCUGCUAUUCUUAAGCCAUUCCAGCCCUUUCCUCAAAAUAGACCAGACACCCUUCCAUUGAGCUCAGUGCCAGUUCUUUGCCUUCCGGGCCCUGCUGUUAGACCUGCUGUUCCUUUGCCUCUUAAUUUAAAGAGAUGGAGGGAGGGGAGCUUCCCAUGACUGAACUGGCCUUUGGUUCUCGUUUUUUUCCCCAUAUGUAUAUAUGCCAUAUGUGAAUAUGCCAUAUAUAUUGUGCCAACAAAUCUAUCUACAUUGUUCUUUUCAAAUCAGCAUGCAGAUAGGGAUUUUGAGUUUCUUUUUUUUUUUUUUUCAGUCACUAGUAUAGCAAGCACUGGUAUUUUUGUAUAAAAAAGAAAAACAAAACAAAAGAUUGACCGUUGUGGUCUGCAUGACAUAAAUAAGCCGAUGGUGAUAUCCGAGCAAUGCAUACCCCAGUGUGUUUUGCCAUAUUGCAGUUCGGCUUAACAGUGCACCCAAUCUGUAUUUGCAUUUUGAUAUUAUUUAAGCUCUUUGUACAGUGUUUUGCAUGUAUUUAUGGUUCUUAGGGGGGAAAAUGCUAUAAACUGGCAAAUCUGAAAUUCAAAUAUGUUGUUCCACUGAGACAGGACGAAUAGUUUUUAAAGUCAGAAAAAAAAGGAUAAUUUUUUUGGAACCAGUAAAGCUUGUUGCUGAUGAGCAGAAACCAAUACUGCUGUGCACUGAGAAUAAAAACCCAUGCCCACUUGUAA